ACAUAACAUUCCCUUGCUGGGCUCCUGUUUUUCCAGUUUCCUCCACUCCUCUCCCAGAUAACGUAAAGGAUCGAACAGAGGACCUUUUGAAAUAUCUUCAUCAUGAUUUUUCAAGCGAUUUUUGAUUGCAUGGACUUUACUGGUUGGCUCUUGUUUGGUUUUGUAUUGUUACUUUUCACUGAUGUGGUAAGAAACUGGAGGCCUCACAACUUGCCACCUGGACCCUGGGCCAUGCCUUUUCUAGGAAAUGUCUUCACUGGAGUUGACUUCAAAACAAUGGAGAAGCUUGCUCAGGAGUACGGCCCCGUGUUUAGCUUGAGAAGAGGCAGCGAGAGGAUGGUGUUUAUUUCAGGAUACAAGAUGGUCAAAGAAGCUCUUGUCAACCAGCUGGACAGCUUUGUUGACCGACCUGUCGUUCCUCUCUUCCAUGUUGUCUUCAAGGGCCUUGGCAUAGCUUUGAGCAAUGGUUACCUGUGGAAGAAACAGAGGAAGUUUACCAACACUCACCUGCGUUACUUUGGAGAGGGCCAGAAGUCGCUGGAAAAAUAUACUGAAGUGGAAAGUAACUUUCUUUGUGAAGCUUUCCAAGAGGAACAAGGAAGACCAUUCAACCCCCACUACACCAUAACCAAUGCAGUGAGUAACAUCAUCUCCUCUGUGGUCUUUGGACAUCGCUUUGAAUACAGUGAUCAAGGCUUUCGCAAGGUUCUGGAGUUGGACAAUGAGGCCGUUUUGCUCGCUGGCUCUCCCCAAACACAGCUGUAUGAUGCUUUCCCUGGCUUGCUGAAGUACCUGCCAGGACCUCACCAGACUGUCCACAGCAACUACAAAGAGAUCGUGAUGUUCCUGAGGAAGGAAAUAGAGAAGCACCAGGAGGAGUGGAACGCCAAUGACCCUCGUGAUUAUAUCGACGUUUACCUGGCGGAGAUGGAGAAGAAAAAAGAGGAUCCUCAGGCGGGCUUCAACACUGAAACCCUGCUGGUUUGCACCCUCGACCUGAUCGAGGCCGGGACAGAAACAGCUGCCACCACUUUACGCUGGGCGCUCCUUUACAUGAUACACUACCCAGAGAUACAGAAGAAAGUCCAGGAAGAGAUAGGCCGAGUGAUCGGACAAUCUCGCCACCCCACCAUGGCCGAUAGGCCCAACCUGCCCUACACUGAAGCUGUCAUCCAUGAGGUCCAGAGGAUGGGAAAUAUUGUUCCGCUGGGAUUCCCCAAAAUGGCCAGCAAAGACGCUACACUGGGAGGAUACUUCAUACCCAAGGGCACAGCUGUAGUGACAAUACUAGCAUCUGUGUUGUUUGAUAAGAAUGAGUGGGCGACUCCAGAUAACUUCAAUCCUGAGCAUUUCUUGGAUUCAGAGGGUCAGUUCCGAAGGAGAAACGCUUUCUUGCCAUUUUCAGCAGGUAAACGUGUGUGUUUAGGGGAGCACCUGGCCAAAAUGGAGCUGUUCCUUUUCUUUGCAUCCCUCCUCCAGCGCUUCACCUUCUCUCCCGCUCCGGGAGAGAUGCCCAGCUUGGAGGGUGUGCUGGGCUUCACCCAUUCCCCAGAGGAGUUCAAGAUGCUAGCCAUACCUCGCUGAUGUUCUCCACUCUAAACAAAAAGCAAGCAUCGCUGAGCAGGAUCAACAUAUUCUCCUUCAAGACCAAAAAAAUCAAAGUGGAACUUGGAAAACAUUUUGCCACCAGAUGUAAAUAAAACCCAAUUACCCUCAAUGUGGCUCUUGUGUAAACCUCUUAAGACUGUGUUGGUUUGCACAAUAAAAACCCAAACUUGCCUUUUAGUUUUGCUGCACUCAGAAGUACAUCUGGUUUAAACUUGGUACAUGUCGUUCAUCAUUAUUACAUGGAGUUUGGUGACUUGCUUGCUACAAAUGUUACAGUUACUUUACUAAAACUAAACUAAAAAAUAAUCUGCUGUAACAUAUAUGUGUCCUGAUCCAGUAUCUAUCAGUGGCGUGACAAGCUUUUAUCUACAGGUUCAUUAACCAUCGUUCCUUUGAGUGUUACCUAAUGUAAUGACCUAAUACGGACAAUGUAUUGAUUACAUAAGGGUUUUAACUGCUCUGUUUGGAUUUAUAUAACACAACAGUGCACUCUGACACACAAACAACUCUGUGAACUUUGCAUCAUUUAAUGACAUCUAUGAUGAUGGAUAUGCAAGUUGUUAAGCUUCAAGUUUCAACAACUCCAAUAACAGUGUCUCCCAUUCAAUAAUAAAUAAUACUAAUAACAAAAAC